AUGCGCCGUCUUUGCCUCCCUCUAUUGGCGCUGGCUCAGCAGUCGGUCGCGCUCCAGCGACAAUUCAGCAUACAUGACGACCUCUACGCACACCCACAGUUUGACGUAAUAUUUUCCGAGGACUUCAUCUCCGAACAUGCCGCCCAAUCGAUACUCGACCACGUCAAUGCUGAACCAACGUACAGCGCCGAUUUCUCCUCCCCGUCGGACCUUGUAGAAAGAACUCGGCCUGCGGAUGGAGGAGAUGCCGGUCAUGGCGCAGACGAUGCGGGACACGUCAAGUUCGCCUACGAGCUCAUGAAUUUGCCGCCAAACCGCUAUCUUUGCUCGAUACCGGUCCUCGAAGAAGCGAGGCCUGAGAACCAGACUGCGGCCGAUCUAGCCAAGGCCGCGGAGGCAAAGGAGAUUCAGAGGGCAUCACAGCGUGGAUGGGAACUCUUGAAGCCGCUUGAGAACGAAUGCAUACAUCACAUCGAUGGCUGGUGGAGCUAUAGGUUCUGCUACGGCAAAGAUAUUGUGCAGUACCAUGCCCUGCCACAUAUCCCAGAUGGGCGUCCGCCCGUUCAGGACCCUGAUACCCUAGCAUAUAUACUCGGCCGCGCACCGGGCUACGAGCCGGGGAAGAAGUCGAAAGGCGCCAAGAAGAAGCAGCAAACCCAACAGCAGGAGGAAGAACAGAGAUUCCUCGUUCAGAGGCUGGGUCUUGGAACCAUCUGCGACCUGACGGGACGCGAACGUACGAUUGAGAUCCAAUAUCAGUGCAUGCCCACCCUGAAGACGGAGCGUAUCAGCUGGGUCAAAGAGGUCACGACCUGCGCCUACCUCAUGCAAGUAAAUACGCCAAGGCUCUGCAGUGAUGUUGCGUUCCUUCCCCCGAAGGAGACGAAGGCCAAUCCCAUCACAUGUAGGCCCAUCUUGACCGUCGAGGAUAUAAAUUCCUACUCCCCAAAAGCGGUUGAUGCGAUGACCAACGCGCACCUGCAAGGCCCCCAAGGCAAUACCCUCGUUUCUAACCCGCUGCUCCACCCCCGUGGUUGGUGCGGCAAGUCCAAGACCAAGUCCCGCAUCCAAAUCCUAGCGAGCCGUACAAGCUUGGAGGAUGGAGGCAAGCACGAGGAGCUCACCGAUGAGCAGCUCAAGGCCAUGGAUCUGAACCCCAGUCUCGUGGAUGAUAUGAAGAAGAGGCUGCAGAAGAUGGCUGGCGACGCGGCGUGGAAACUCGUCGUGGUAGAGCUCGCGAACGGAGAGAGGGAGAUUCGAGGUAUUCUCGACGUGGACGAUGACGACGAGAACUUUGAAAAAGCAGCUGGGGCGGAGCUACCGGAUGGCGCGGCGGGGAGCCAGGGAAUGAUGAGCAAGAUUUGUAUGACGAAUUUGGAAGGCGGCCAGCAGUCAUGGGGAGGCAUGGUGGAGUUUCGAGAGCGCAUCGGAAGCACCAUCCGGACCCAGACUAUCUGCUCUAACCUCGCCGAGGGGUCGCCGCGAACAGACGAGGCGGUCAGGACAAUUAUAGACAUGCAAACGGACGACGCUAAGAUCUUGAUCGGUGCAUGCGUCUGCAUGCCUUCGCACGGCCGAAGCCGAUCUAAUUUCAGCGAGUCGUUUCAGCACACCACGAUCAUCAUGACUUCCGAAUUGGGCAAGGCGACGGGCUAG